AUGAAGCUUUUCGCCGCCGCCUGCUUCGUCCUCCUCCUCCUCAAUUGCCGUGUGGCGGAGUCCCGGCGGCACCGUCAUCACCAUAGCCCCAAGGCGGCCUAUCGGACGCACAAGCUGUUCGUGUUCGGGGACGACUUCGCCGACGACGGCAACGGCGACUCGGACUCCGUCGCGAAGCCGACCGGCCGCUUCUCCGACGGCCUGGUGCAGUCGGACUUCCUGGCCAAGAUCAUGGGCCACAGCGAGUCCCCUCCGCCCUACACGGGCGACGACUGGGACAACGGCAUCGACGCGUCCGGCUUGAACUUCGCCGUCGCCGGCGCCGCCGCGCUGGAUGUGACGGGGGGCGUGCUCAACAUCAGCGCGCAGGUCCAGCAGCUCAGGAACCUGGUCAGGGACGGCCUGGUCGACGACCGCGACUUCAAGGAGUCGGUGGCGCUCGUCGCCUACUCCGGCAAUGACUACACCAGCCAGGACAACUUGGACGAUCAGGUGGCGAAGGUGGUGGAUGAGCUUGCGAGCGUGGUGUCGCAGCUGCAGGACCUGGGCGUGACUAAGGUGCUGGUGAACACGGUGCCCCCGUUCGGGUGCUCGCCGUGGCUGGCCAGGCUCUCCGACUACAGCUCGUGCGACGGCGACGGCAACGCGAACUCCGACAAGCACAACGCGGCGCUCCGGGACCGGCUGGGCGGCGAGUAG